UCCGGAAAAGACGAGAAAGCGGAAGUUGUUACAUACAUGGGCGCCUGUCUUCAAAACAAAACCGCACCAGUUUCCGAAACACACAUUUUGCCACGAUGCCUCUGUCAACCCAGUCACAAGCCGACGAUGAGCAAUACGUGUUAGUGGCCAGUUUGGACAAUGCUCGCAAUCUGUCAAACAUACUGAAAGCCAUCACAUUCAAAGACCAUGCCCUCUUCAACGCUACUCCCAACGGCCUCAAGGUCACCGUGGAGGACUCCAAAUGUCUGCAGGCCAAUGCCUUCAUCCAGGCUGAGAUCUUCCAAGAGUUCACGAUAAAGGAGGAUUCAGUGGGUUUUCAGAUCAACCUCACAGUUCUGCUGGACUGCCUCAAUAUCUUCGGAGGAAGCACAGUACCAGGAGUGUCAACAGCCUUGCGGAUGUGCUACAGGGGUUACGGUUACCCUCUGACCCUGUUCCUGGAGGAGGGUGGGGUCGUGACUGUGUGCAAGAUCAACACCCAAGAACCAGAGGAGCCAGUUGACUUUGAGUUCUGCAGCACCAACGUCACAAACAAGGUGAUCCUGCAGUCCGAGAGCCUGAAGGAGGCCUUCUCUGAGCUGGACAUGACCAGUGAGGUGCUUCAGAUCACCAUGUCCCCAAGUCAGCCAUACUUCAGGUUGUCUACAUUUGGGAACUCUGGAAAUGCCCAUUAUGAUUAUCCCAAAGACUCUGACAUGAUGGAGCUGUUUCAGUGUAACAAGACACAAACCAACACGUACAAGAUGUCCCUGUUGAAGCCGUCCACCAAAGCCCUGGCUUUGUCCUGUAAAGUUUCUGUGAGGACGGACAGCAGGGGCUUCCUCUCUCUGCAGUACCUGGUCAGGAACGACGACGGACAGAUCUGCUUCGUAGAAUAUUAUUGUUGUCCUGAUGAAGAGGUGGAGGAGGAGUGAUUACAGCCUGUUGAACUCUCCUUUAAAUGAGCACCUUACUUCAGCUUCAGCGGUGGCCAGAUGCUUUAAAUGAGAUGGCAAAGUCCGCCAGAGGACGCAGUGCCGCCAUUGCUGUGCACACGGGAGGUAAAUGCUGGAUUUGUUGGAUGAUGGACACAGUGGGAAAGGUUGUUUUAUUAAAGUCAGGUCAUCAUUUGUCAGACCCAUUUGAAAGGAGCAUUGCCACUGGAUUUGUAGGAAGAUAAUAUACCUGGUCUCCUUGUGUUAAUAUGUAGAUUACAUACAUAAUGUCACAGACAAAUAUGGAAAAAUGAUUGUAUCACAAUUACUGUAUUUUGUAUCAUUGGAGACCCAUUUUAAUUAAGUCCAUCAACAUGUAAAUAUUGCCUGCAACUAAAUGCUUUGUGGUCCAAUGCAUAUUAUUCAGUUUCUCAAGGUGUGCAGUGUAGGGUGUGUACAGUAGGUGCACUCUCCACACAGGCCUUCAGUUUCUCUGUAUAUAUGCUGCGCUCAAAUGUGGUCAUGCUUACUAUGUUGGCGAGAGUCCAUUUGAAUGCCCCUCUGAUGUGUUAUUCAUAGCCACCUAAUUCGAAACGUUAUGCGAUCUCAAAGUUCACGUCUUCCUCAUGUUGUAAACACCAGUUUGAACAAAGCAGUACUGCACACUCUUAUAACUGACCCUAAUGUUUAAUGUGUAUGCUGACACCUUUGUCAACUGUUUGUCUGGAGUGUACACGAGAUGUUGGAGGCUCCAAGUUUAAAUCGUUUUAUUUCCAUGACAUAGAAAAAACAACUGUAGUCAACUCAAUAAACACUUUUUUUUACA